CAACGGAAGUGACGAGUCGAGGCUCUUCGUAAAUCGAGAGAAAUUUUUUGCAAUUACAUUUGAAGUCGGACGUCAAAUGCGAAUAGUCACCAGCAGGGGGAGCGCAUCCAAAAACAAGGCUGACCUGAUUCUUUCCGGGUUCCACUCCUUCUGUUGUGUACUUGGUUGCCUGUCAUGGUGGAAGUGGUUAAGUGUUCUUAGCAGGUGGGUAUUGACAAGGCCAACGGGAUGUCAGAGAAUAGGCGGCAGUUCUGGAAGAGGAGUUCUAAAGUACCGGGAAGGUUCGUUUACAGUGACCUGUGUAUCGUGUAAAUGUCAGCCAAUCGUAUACUGCCUGUAUAUGGUGCCCAGCAACCACCACUAGAUAAGAGUUUUCUCUUUGGUCGUUCACGGGUGCACAUACAACAUACUAAGAAUAAGAAGGCUUCCAGUUUCCAUGAAUUUGCAAGGAAUACAAGCGACGCAUGGGACAUUGAUGAUGAAAGUGAAGAGGUUUUGCACUCGGUAUCAUGUGAAGCUAAAAUGGCUGAUGUUAAUGAUGUAGACAUUGUACCUCACUGCCGAUUACAGGAAGCAAACACACACCAGCCUGUUACAAAGUCUGCCAGUGAAGAUCAACUGCACAGAGUCCCAGCAGAUCUCGAAGGUUGUGUUGGACGCCAUCUCUGGAAACGACGAGACGAAAGGGAAAGCCCCAGUAAUACUGGACCCUAUGAUGUUGCAGAUGUCACUUUAAUGAGAAAGCCACUGAAAAAACUGCAGCCACAUCCUUUCCGGCCUAUUAUUCCACUUGUUGCUAGAAUUUCUGACCAGAAUGCUUCCGGAGCACCUUCUAUGACAUUGAGGGAAAAGACACGUCUUGAAAAAUUCAGACAACUGCUUUCGAUUUUGAACACUGACCUUGAUGAAUUAAGGACGUAUAGCUGGCCUGGAAUUCCUCGAGAUGUUCGUCCUACCACAUGGAGACUUUUGUCGGGCUAUCUCCCUGCAAAUAAAGACAGACGACAACAAACACUCCAGCGGAAACGUGCUGAGUAUUUUGGAUUUAUAGAGCAGUAUUAUGAUUCCCGUAAUGAAGAGCAUCAUCAAGAUACAUAUCGACAGAUUCACAUUGACAUUCCUCGGACAAAUCCCCUAAUUCCACUAUUUCAGCAGCCUUUAGUUCAAGAGAUCUUUGAGAGAAUAUUGUUUAUCUGGGCAAUCCGGCACCCUGCAAGUGGAUAUGUACAGGGAAUCAAUGAUCUGGUUACCCCAUUCUUUGUUGUAUUUCUUACGGAACACAUAGAAGACGACGUAGAAAACUUUGAUGUGAGCAGCCUUUCAUCUGAUGCACUAAGGAACAUUGAGGCAGAUAGUUUCUGGUCAAUCAGUAAACUAUUGGAUGGCAUUCAGGAUAACUACACCUUUGCUCAGCCUGGAAUUCAGAAAAAUGUAAAGGCAUUGGAAGAACUUGUGAGCAGAAUUGACAGUGAGGUGCAUUGUCAUCUUCAGAAAUAUGAAGUUGAAUAUCUGCAAUUUGCUUUUCGUUGGAUGAACAACUUGCUUAUGAGGGAGCUCCCUUUAAGAUGCACUAUACGGCUUUGGGACACAUAUCAGGCAGAACCUGAAGGAUUUUCCCAUUUCCAUCUUUAUGUUUGUGCUGCAUUUUUAAUUAAAUGGAGGAAAGAAAUUCUUGAUGAAGAAGAUUUUCAGGGUCUUCUUAUGCUCCUCCAGAAUUUGCCCACAAUCCACUGGGGGAACGAAGAAAUUGGUCUCCUACUUGCAGAAGCAUACAGACUGAAGUAUAUGUUUGCUGAUGCUCCAAAUCAUUAUCGUCGGUGAAAUCGGUGUCUAUUGCUUUAUACUCCAGAAAAUGUUGACAGAAGGAAGAGGAGGGUACUUCUUGCUUUAGUGCCUCUUUUAACUCAUUACUCACUCAUAUGGACUUCAAUGAUUUGUGUGCAAGGCAUAUGUAUGCAUUUACCUGAAGAUUAAUGACUGACAUGAUGUGAAUUAUUUGUAUAUUAGAAAUGUUUGUAUGUAUAUGGAUUGAAAUUAUAUAAUUAAGCUGUAUUUGUUAAAAAAAAAAUGUAUUUUUUGUGUGCAAAAAACACAGUCUAUUAAAAAUUAGCUUAAUACAGUACAUAACGAUAGGUACUGAACUAAGUACAAAUAAAAUGGACUGUUUAAAUUAAAACUGAUAGUAAGUUCUGGAGUGCCUGCCAGUAUAUAGAGGUACUUGCAUAUCUUUGGAGUGCCAUUGGCUUUUAGGAUGCACACAUUCCCUGCAAAUAUGUCUAAUUUAUUUUGAGGUGGAACCUAGUUACAAAUUUCAGCCUAAAGUUUGUAAAAGUGGGUACGGUUGUAGCAUACCUGAGAGCUCUAGAGCAGGGGUGGCCAACCUUUUGAAG